AUGCAAUGGUCAAUGAAAAGGGUCCUUUCCGGAAUUGUCCUAAUAGUUGAAGCAAGCAUAUUUGCUGCGCCACAUUCAAAUGAAAACUAUGAAGGACCCUUCUUCGGUAAAGCACUGACAACAAUAAACCAGGAUAAUGUACACAACGUAGCUUCAAACGAAUUGCAAAGAAGAGCACCAUUUGCAGAAAACGAAACGUCGUCAUUAUCUGAGAGGGCGCACAACAGCACAUCAGUAUCAAAAUUUACUUUCCAAGAGAAAGAAAUCACGAAAAUCACCAAAAAUUUUGAAUCAGAAGUUGUAAGAAAUACCACCUUCGUAAGGGAAGAUAGGAUAAUAACUACAUCCAGCAUAGUUAGAAAAUUCAUCACACAAAUUACAACAAAUGUUGUUCCAAAGCCUAAUUUUAACAGAAAAAUGUCAGAACUUCCCGCCGACAAAUCCACCGCCACGACGGAAAUUAAUGAGUCAACAUUACAUAAUGAACAAGUAACUUCGACUUCCCUAGUGACCACCACAGUGGAAGAAGUCGCGAGCACAACUAAAUUUUUGGAGCCAGCAACAGUUCCCGAGGAACCAAGAACAUCAGCGACAAUCACAACAGAAGAACCCACAACAACUGCGGAAGAGGUGACCACCACAGAAGAACCCACAACAACUGCGGAAGAGGUGACCACCACAGAAGAACCCAAAACAACUGCGGAAGAGGUGACCACCACAGAAGAACCCAAAACAACUGCGGAAGAGGUGACCACAACAGAAGAACCCACAACAACUGCGGAAGAGGAGACCACCACAGAAGAACCCACAACAACUGCGGAAGAGGUGACCACAACAGAAGAACCCACAACAACUGCGGAAGAGGUGAGCACCACAGAAGAACCCAAAACAACUGCGGAAGAGGUGACCACAACAGAAGAACCCACAACAACUGCGGAAGAGGAGACCACCACAGAAGAACCCACAACAACUGCGGAAGAGGUGACCACCACAGAAGAACCCACAACAACUGCGGAAGAGGUGACCACAACAGAAGAACCCACAACAACUGCGGAAGAGGUGACCACAACCGAAGAACCCACAACAACUGCGGAAGAGGUGACCACCACAGAAGAACCCAAAACAACUGCGGAAGAGGUGACCACCACAGAAGAACCCACAACAACUGCGGAAGAGGUGACCACAACAGAAGAACCCACAACAACUGCGGAAGAGGAGACCACCACAGAAGAACCCACAACAACUGCGGAAGAGGUGACCACAACAGAAGAACCCACAACAACUGCGGAAGAGGCGACCACCACAGAAGAACCCACAACAACUGCGGAAGAGGAGACCACCACAGAAGAACCCACAACAACUGCGGAAGAGGUGACCACCACAGAAGAACCCAAAACAACUGCGGAAGAGGUGACCACAACAGAAGAACCCACAACAACUGCGGAAGAGGCGACCACCACAGAAGAACCCACAACAACUGCGGAAGAGGAGACCACCACAGAAGAACCCACAACAACUGCGGAAGAGGUGACCACCACAGAAGAACCCAAAACAACUGCGGAAGAGGUGACCACAACAGAAGAACCCACAACAACUGCGGAAGAGGUGACCACAACAGAAGAACCCACAACAACUGCGGAAGAGGAGACCACCACAGAAGAACCCACAACAACUGCGGAAGAGGUGACCACCACAGAAGAACCCACAACAACUGCGGAAGAGGUGACCACAACAGAAGAACCCACAACAACUGCGGAAGAGGCGACCACCACAGAAGAACCCACAACAACUGCGGAAGAGGAGACCACCACAGAAGAACCCACAACAACUGCGGAAGAGGUGACCACCACAGAAGAACCCAAAACAACUGCGGAAGAGGUGAGCACCACAGAAGAACCCAAAACAACUGCGGAAGAGGUGACCACAACAGAAGAACCCACAACAACUGCGGAAGAGGAGACCACCACAGAAGAACCCACAACAACUGCGGAAGAGGUGACCACCACAGAAGAACCCAAAACAACUGCGGAAGAGGUGACCACAACAGAAGAACCCACAACAACUGCGGAAGAGGUGACCACAACAGAAGAACCCACAACAACUGCGGAAGUGGUGACCACCACAGAAGAACCCACAACAACUGCGGAAGUGGUGACCACCACAGAAGAACCCACAACAGCUGCGGAAGAGGUGACCACCACAGAAGAACCCACCUUAGAACCGGUUGAAACGUCGACAGUGGAACCGACGACUACCACAGCUGAGGGAACUACAACGUCAGAAUCAUAUAGUGAGAGAGUGAUGUAUUAUUCUAUGUACCUUGGAGAUCAAAAGCAAAUGUCAGUUGCCAGAUUUUUACGCCUCUCACCAAAUGAUAACGACGGGGACUGCAGUCUUGACAAGAACAUCAACAACACUCGUGAAUCUAUCCUGCUGAUGAAAAACGAGAGACAAAGAUACAGCUUCAUUCUUUAUACAAACGAUGCACAAGCAACUCCUCCUUUGAGAGCUCUGGACGCAGUGAACGAAUUGCACAAAAUCCGACCAAAGGAGAAUGAAAAAGCCAAUCAAACCGCAGCGGUAGAGCAGUUUGCGAAACAUAGCAAACGGCCGGACGAUCUUCUAGUGCACUAUAUUCCUUGCAACUUCAACUACAGGAUGGAGGACGACGAUACGAAAAAAAUCACAGCAGCAUUGAACAAAUACGGAGAGGAAUCGAAGAUACUUGUAGUUUCAAAUACACAACCAGAAGAGGUUUUGACGAAGACAUUCAACCAAAGCAAAGAGAAUGUUGGGUUCGUUGGGAAAAAUGAAGAAGUAAAUGUAGCUACAAGGAUAGCAGAGUUUGGAGCAAGUAAAACAUCCACGCAAAAGCCAAAUACGACAAAAAUGACCGCACCAACAACGUCCACAACCUCCACUCUAGAACCGACGACAACAACGGCUGAGCCAACGACAACAUCCACUGUGGAACCGACGACUACCACUGCAGAGCCAACCACAACCUCCACUCUAGAACCGACUACCACAACGGCUGAGCCAACCACAACCUCCACUCCAGAACCGAUUACCACAACGGCUGAGCCAACCACAACCUCCACUCUAGAACCGACGACAACAACGGCUGAGCCAACCACAACCUCCACUCCAGAACCGACGACAACAACGGCAGAGCCAACGACAACAUCCACUGUGGAACCGACGACUACCACUGCAGAGCCAACCACAACCUCCACUCUAGAACCGACUACCACAACGGCUGAGCCAACCACAACCUCCACUCUAGAACCGACGACAACAACGGCAGAGCCAACGACAACAUCCACUGUGGAAUCGACGACUACCACUGCAGAGCCAACCACAACCUCCACUCUAGAACCGACGACAACAACGGCUGAGCCAACCACAACCUCCACUCCAGAACCGACGACAACAACGGCAGAGCCAACGACAACAUCCAAUGUGGAACCGACGACAACAACGGCUGAGCCAACCACAACCUCCACUCUAGAACCGACUACCACUGCAGAGCCAACCACAACCUCCACUCUAGAACCGACGACAACAACGGCUGAGCCAACCACAACAUCCACUGUGGAACCGACGACAACAACGGCUGAGCCAACCACAACCUCCACUCUAGAACCGACGACAACAACGGCCGAGCCAACGACAACAUCCACUGUGGAACCGACGACUACCACUGCAGAGCCAACCACAACGUCCACUCUAGAACCGACGACAACAACGGCUGAGCCAACCACAACCUCCACUCUAGAACCGACGACAACAACGGCUGAGCCAACCACAACCUCCACUCUAGAACCGACGACAACAACGGCCGAGCCAACGACAACAUCCACUGUGGAACCGACGACAACAACGGCUGAGCCAACGACAACAUCCACUGUGGAACCGACGACUACCACUGCAGAGCCAACCACAACCUCCACUCUAGAACCGACUACCACAACGGCUGAGCCAACCACAACCUCCACUCUAGAACCGACGACAACAACGGCAGAGCCAACGACAACAUCCACUGUGGAACCGACGACAACAACGGCCGAGCCAACGACAACAUCCACUGUGGAACCGACGACUACCACUGCAGAGCCAACCACAACGUCCACUCUAGAACCGACGACAACAACGGCUGAGCCAACCACAACAUCCACUGUGGAACCGACGACUACCACUGCAGAGCCAACCACAACCUCCACUCUAGAACCGACUACCACAACGGCUGAGCCAACCACAACCUCCACUCUAGAACCGACGACAACAACGGCAGAGCCAACGACAACAUCCACUGUGGAACCGACGACUACCACUGCAGAGCCAACGACAACGUCCACUCUAGAACCGACGACAACAACGGCUGAGCCAACCACAACCUCCACUCUAGAACCGACGACAACAACGGCAGAGCCAACGACAACAUCCACUGUGGAACCGACGACAACAACGGCCGAGCCAACGACAACAUCCACUGUGGAACCGACGACUACCACUGCAGAGCCAACCACAACGUCCACUCUAGAACCGACGACAACAACGGCUGAGCCAACCACAACAUCCACUGUGGAACCGACGACUACCACUGCAGAGCCAACCACAACCUCCACUCUAGAACCGACUACCACAACGGCUGAGCCAACCACAACCUCCACUCUAGAACCGACGACAACAACGGCAGAGCCAACGACAACAUCCACUGUGGAACCGACGACAACAACGGCCGAGCCAACGACAACAUCCACUGUGGAACCGACGACAACAACGGCCGAGCCAACGACAACAUCCACUGUGGAACCGACGACUACCACUGCAGAGCCAACCACAACGUCCACUCUAGAACCGACGACAACAACGGCUGAGCCAACAACAACAUCCACUGUGGAACCGACGACAACAACGGCUGAGCCAACCACAACCUCCACUCUAGAACCGACGACAACAACGGCUGAGCCAACGACAACGUCCACUCUAGAACCGACGACAACAACGGCAGAGCCAACGACAACAUCCACUGUGGAACCGACGACAACAACGGCUGAGCCAACGACAACAUCCACUGUGGAACCGACGACAACAACGGCUGAGCCAACGACAACAUCCACUGUGGAACCGACGACAACAACGGCUGAGCCAACCACAACCUCCACUCUAGAACCAACGACAACAACGGCUGAGCCAACAACAACAUCCACUGUGGAACCGACGACUACCACUGCAGAGCCAACCACAACCUCCACUCUAGAACCGACGACAACAACGGCUGAGCCAACGACAACGUCCACUCUAGAACCGACGACAACAACGGCAGAGCCAACGACAACAUCCACUGUGGAACCGACGACAACAACGGCUGAGCCAACCACAACCUCCACUCUAGAACCGACGACUACCACUGCAGAGCCAACGACAACGUCCACUGUGGAACCGACAACAACAACGGCUGAGCCAACCACAACCUCCACUCUAGAACCGACGACAACAACGGCUGAGCCAACGACAACAUCCACUGUGGAACCGACGACAACAACGGCUGAGCCAACGACAACAUCCACUGUGGAACCGACGACAACAACGGCUGAGCCAACGACAACAUCCACUGUGGAACCGACGACAACAACGGCUGAGCCAACCACAACCUCCACUCUAGAACCAACGACAACAACGGCUGAGCCAACAACAACAUCCACUGUGGAACCGACGACUACCACUGCAGAGCCAACCACAACCUCCACUCUAGAACCGACGACAACAACGGCUGAGCCAACCACAACAUCCACUCUAGAACCGACGACAACAACGGCUGAGCCAACAACAACAUCCACUGUGGAACCGACGACUACCACUGCAGAGCCAACCACAACCUCCACUCUAGAACCGACGACAACAACGGCUGAGCCAACCACAACCUCCACUCCAGAACCGAGUACCACAACGGCUGAGCCAACCACAACCUCCACUCUAGAACCGACGACAACAACGGCUGAGCCAACCACAACCUCCACUCCAGAACCGAGUACCACAACGGCUGAGCCAACCACAACCUCCACUCUAGAACCGACGACAACAACGGCAGAGCCAACGACAACAUCCACUGUGGAACCGACGACAACAACGGCUGAGCCAACCACAACCUCCACUCUAGAACCGACGACAACAACGGCUGAGCCAACGACAAUAUCCACUGUGGAACCGACGACAACAACGGCUGAGCCAACCACAACAUCCACUCUAGAGCCGACGACUACCACUGCAGAGCCAACGACAACGUCCACUCUAGAACCGACGACAACAACGGCUGAGCCAACCACAACAUCCACUGUGGAACCGACGACAACAACGGCUGAGCCAACGACAAUAUCCACUGUGGAACCGACGACAACAACGGCUGAGCCAACCACAACAUCCACUCUAGAGCCGACGACUACCACUGCAGAGCCAACGACAACGUCCACUCUAGAACCGACGACAACAACGGCUGAGCCAACGACAACCUCCACUCUAGAACCGACGACAACAACGGCUGAGCCAACCACAACCUCCACUCCAGAACCGACGACAACAACGGCAGAGCCAACCACAACAUCCACUGUGGAACCGACGACUACCACUGCAGAGCCAACCACAACCUCCACUCUAGAACCGACGACAACAACGGCUGAGCCAACGACAACAUCCACUGUGGAACCGACGACAACAACGGCUGAGCCAACCACAACCUCCACUCUAGAACCGACGACAACAACGGCAGAGCCAACGACAACAUCCACUGUGGAACCGACGACAACAACGGCUGAGCCAACCACAACCUCCACUCUAGAACCGACGACUACCACUGCAGAGCCAACGACAACGUCCACUGUGGAACCGACAACAACAACGGCUGAGCCAACCACAACCUCCACUCUAGAACCGACGACAACAACGGCUGAGCCAACGACAACAUCCACUGUGGAACCGACGACAACAACGGCUGAGCCAACGACAACAUCCACUGUGGAACCGACGACUACCACUGCAGAGCCAACGACAACGUCCACUGUGGAACCGACAACAACAACGGCUGAGCCAACCACAACCUCCACUCUAGAACCGACGACAACAACGGCUGAGCCAACGACAACAUCCACUGUGGAACCGACGACAACAACGGCUGAGCCAACCACAACCUCCACUCUAGAACCGACGACAACAACGGCUGAGCCAACGACAACGUCCACUCUAGAACCGACGACAACAACGGCAGAGCCAACGACAACAUCCACUGUGGAACCGACGACUACCACUGCAGAGCCAACGACAACGUCCACUCUAGAACCGACGACAACAACGGCUGAGCCAACAACAACAUCCACUGUGGAACCGACGACAACAACGGCUGAGCCCACAACAACAUCCACUGUGGAACUGACGACAACAACGGCUGAGCCAACCACAACAUCCACUCUAGAGCCGACGACUACCACUGCAGAGCCAACGACAACGUCCACUCUAGAACCGACGACAACAACGGCUGAGCCAACAACAACAUCCACUGUGGAACCGACGACAACAACGGCUGAGCCAACCACAACCUCCACUCUAGAACCGACGACAACAACGGCUGAGCCAACGACAACGUCCACUCUAGAACCGACGACAACAACGGCAGAGCCAACGACAACAUCCACUGUGGAACCGACGACUACCACUGCAGAGCCAACGACAACGUCCACUCUAGAACCGACGACAACAACGGCUGAGCCAACGACAACAUCCACUGUGGAACCGACGACAACAACGGCUGAGCCAACCACAACCUCCACUCUAGAACCGACGACAACAACGGCUGAGCCAACAACAACAUCCACUGUGGAACCGACGACAACAACGGCUGAGCCAACAACAACAUCCACUGUGGAACCGACGACAACAACGGCUGAGCCCACAACAACAUCCACUGUGGAACCGACGACAACAACGGCUGAGCCAACCACAACCUCCACUCUAGAACCGACGACAACAACGGCUGAGCCAACCACAACCUCCACUCUAGAACCGACGACAACAACGGCUGAGCCAACCACAACCUCCACUCUAGAACCGACGACAACAACGGCUGAGCCAACCACAACCUCCACUCUAGAACCGACGACAACAACGGCAGAGCCAACGACAACAUCCACUGUGGAACCGACGACAACAACGGCUGAGCCAACGACAACCUCCACUCUAGAACCGACGACAACAACGGCAGAGCCAACGACAACGUCCACUGUGGAACCGACAACAACAACGGCUGAGCCAACCACAACCUCCACUCUAGAACCGACGACAACAACGGCUGAGCCAACGACAACAUCCACUGUGGAACCGACGACAACAACGGCUGAGCCAACGACAACAUCCACUGUGGAACCGACGACAACAACGGCUGAGCCAACCACAACCUCCACUCUAGAACCGACGACAACAACGGCUGAGCCAACGACAACAUCCACUCUAGAACCGACGACAACAACGGCAGAGCCAACGACAACAUCCACUGUGGAACCGACUACCACAACGGUUGAGCCAACGACAACCUCCACUCUAGAACCGACGACAACAACGGCUGAGCCAACGACAACAUCCACUGUGGAACCGACGACAACAACGGCUGAGCCAACCACAACCUCCACUCUAGAACCGACGACAACAACGGCUGAGCCAACAACAACAUCCACUGUGGAACCGACGACAACAACGGCUGAGCCCACAACAACAUCCACUGUGGAACUGACGACAACAACGGCUGAGCCAACCACAACAUCCACUCUAGAGCCGACGACUACCACUGCAGAGCCAACGACAACGUCCACUCUAGAACCGACGACAACAACGGCUGAGCCAACAACAACAUCCACUGUGGAACCGACGACAACAACGGCUGAGCCAACCACAACCUCCACUCUAGAACCGACGACAACAACGGCUGAGCCAACGACAACAUCCACUGUGGAACCGACGACAACAACGGCGAGCCAACACAACAUCCACUCCAACGACAACUCCACUCUAGAACCGACGACAACAACGGCUGAGCCAACCACAACAUCCACUCUAGAACCGACGACAACAACGGCUGAGCCAACCACAACAUCCACUCUAGAACCGACGACAACAUCCACUCUAGAACCGACGACAACAACGGCUGAGCCAACGACAACAUCCACUGUGGAACCGACGACAACAACGGCUGAGCCAACGACAACCUCCACUCUAGAACCGACGACAACAACGGCUGAGCCAACGACAACAUCCACUGUGGAACCGACGACAACAACGGCUGAGCCAACCACAACCUCCACUCUAGAACCGACGACAACAACGGCUGAGCCAACGACAACAUCCACUGUGGAACCGACGACAACAACGGCUGAGCCAACGACAACAUCCACUAACCGACGACAACAACGGCUCCCUGCCCCUGAACCGACGACAACAACGGCUGAGCCAACGACAACAUCCACUGUGGAACCGACGACAACAACGGCUGAGCCAACGACAACAUCCACUGUGGAACCGACGACAACAACGGCUGAGCCAACCACAACCUCCACUCUAGAACCGACGACAACAACGGCUGAGCCAACAACAACAUCCACUGUGGAACCGACGACAACAACGGCUGAGCCAACGACAACAUCCACUGUGGAACCGACGACAACAUCCACUGUGGAACCGACGACAACAACGGCUGAGCCAACCACAACCUCCACUCUAGAACCGACGACAACAACGGCUGAGCCAACAACAACAUCCACUGUGGAACCGACGACAACAACGGCUGAGCCAACCACAACCUCCACUCUAGAACCGACGACAACAACGGCUGAGCCAACAACAACAUCCACUGUGGAACCGACGACAACAACGGCUGAGCCCACAACAACAUCCACUGUGGAACCGACGACAACAACGGCUGAGCCAACCACAACAUCCACUCUAGAACCGACGACAACAACGGCUGAGCCAACCACAACAUCCACUCUAGAACCGACGACAACAACGGCUGAGCCAACAACAACAUCCACUGUGGAACCGACGACAACAACGGCUGAGCCAACCACAACAUCCACUCUGGAACCGACGACAACAACGGCUGAGCCAACAACAACAUCCACUGUGGCCACUCUAGAACCGACGACAACAACGGCUGAGCCCACAACAACAUCCACUGUGGAACCGACGACAACAACGGCUGAGCCCACAACAACAUCCACUGUGGAACCGACGACAACAACGGCUGAGCCAACCACAACCUCCACUCUAGAACCGACGACAACAACGGCUGAGCCAACCACAACAUCCACUGUGGAACCGACGACAACAACGGCUGAGCCAACGACAACAUCCACUGUGGAACCGACGACAACAACGGCUGAGCCAACCACAACCUCCACUCUAGAACCGACGACAACAACGGCUGAGCCAACGACAACAUCCACUGUGGAACCGACGACAACAACGGCUGAGCCAACGACAACCUCCACUCUAGAACCGACGACAACAACGGCUGAGCCAACCACAACAUCCACUUACCGACUGGAACCGACGACAACAACGGCUGAGCCAACGACAACAUCCACUGUGGAACCGACGACAACAACGGCUGAGCCAACCACAACCUCCACUCUAGAACCGACGACAACAACGGCUGAGCCAACCACAACCUCCACUCUAGAACCGACGACAACAACGGCUGAGCCAACAACAACAUCCACUGUGGAACCGACGACAACAACGGCUGAGCCAACCACAACCUCCACUCUAGAACCGACGACAACAACGGCUGAGCCAACAACAACAUCCACUGUGGAACCGACGACAACAACGGCUGAGCCAACGACAACAUCCACUCUAGAACCGACGACAACAACGGCUGAGCCAACGACAACAUCCACUCUAGAACCGACGACAACAACGGCUGAGCCAACGACAACAUCCACUCUAGAACCGACGACUACCACUGCAGAGUUUAUAGAACCGACUACUGCAAAAGGGCCACGUAAGAGGAAUGUUCGCUGCCUUAUUGUCGGUGACUUCUACAACUUCGACCGCUAUCGAAUAUUGUAUGAGCAGGAGAGACAGUUUAUAAAAAACGUAAGCGCCCGUUUCUUCGAAAGUACUGAGAACUCAGCUAUGGGAAUUACAACAUAUGGAUAUGUACCCACAUUACCCAUGGAUUUGGUGCUUGCGUUGAAGGAAAUGAAAAACUCUUAUGAGAUCUUCGCAAAAUAUGUGGAAAGACGUACUGAAAUGACGAUUACCAAUGAUCCUUCUACGACCGCAGAGGCGAUCCAUGAACUUAAUGUUUUUCGCUGGCGAAAUCGAGCCAACUGCCUAGUAUUCAUAUCAGCACAGAGAGACAGUUGGAGUCUUCCGCUAUUGGAUCCACAACAUGCCAACUUCCAGAGGAUUGUUGCAGUUGGAUAUAGCAAAGCGGAUUUGAGCAAAAUGGUUAAACCUCCUCGAGGCCUCGCUUUGGAGAAGCAUUUUAACCGCCAGCAGUCGUUCCUUUUGUUAAGGAUCAUUAACAGAUAA